AGCAAUUGGACUGGAGCUUGCAAGUGGGAGAACGAUGGAUGAACGGAAUGAACGGAAUCCCCCAACACCAGACCCGCUCACACCCGGACCUUGCCUGCUGCCCUACAGGAGCUCCUCUAUAUAAAACUCUUCCCCGCAAUCCAGAACAUCUCGUUUAGCCCUUCCCUGCUCUUUGCACACUACCCUCGUCCACCUGUCGUUGCUAGCCAUGUCAGAUCAGCCUAACACUAAUAUCAUCACUCUCACUCGACAUGUCCUUGCAGACCAGUUCGAGCUUGGUCCUGUCGCAUCGGGAGACCUCACAUUACUCCUGACAGCCAUUCAGACCACUUCCAAAUUCAUCGCCACCAAUGUCCGAAAAGCGAGACUGAUCAACCUUAUCGGAUUGGCAGGAGAGACUAAUAUCCAGGGCGAGGAGCAAAAGAAACUCGACGUCCUUUCCAACGAUAUCAUGAUCAACUCUCUCAGAGCGUCAGGGAAGACAGCCGUCCUCGUCUCUGAAGAGCUCGACGAAGCCGUGUUCAUCGACGAGAAACAUAGGGGGAAAUAUUGUGUCGUAUUUGAUCCGCUUGAUGGAAGUAGCAACAUCGACGCCGGUGUGAAUAUCGGAACCAUCUUUGGGAUAUACCACAUACGACCAGAUUCGAAGGGAACACUUCAGGAUGUCUUGAGGCCUGGGAGUGAAAUGGUCGCUGCCGGUUACACGAUGUAUGGUUCUUCUGCGAAUCUGGUGCUCACCACGGGAAAGGGUGUAAAUGGGUACACGCUUGACGCGGCACUCGGAGAGUUCAUCCUCACGCAUCCCAACAUCCGGGUUCCCCCGCGAGGCAAGAUCUACUCAUUCAACGAAGGAAACUCCAUGUACUUCCACGAACCCGUCACCAAGUAUCUCAACAGCCUCAAAUACCCCUCAAACGGCAAAUUACCCUAUAGCGCACGAUACAUCGGGUCCAUGGUCGCCGACGUCCAUCGAACGUUACUUUAUGGUGGUAUCUUUGGGUACCCUGAUGACAAGAAGAGCAAGAACGGGAAGUUGAGGCUGUUGUAUGAGGCGUUCCCGAUGGCUUUUUUGACUGAGCAGGUGCGUGAUCUUGAGGUUUUGAAUGAUGUGUGGAAGGUGACUGGACUGACGUGCAUCUGUUUGUUCAUUUGGUUUGUUGUACAGGCUGGCGGUAUCGCGACUACAGGAACAAAACGGAUCCUGGAUAUCGUUCCAACAGAUAUUCAUCAGAGAUGCUCUGUCUUCCUUGGUAGCAAAGAUGAUGUCGCAGACUUGCAGAAGUUCUAUCAGCAAGAAGCUGCUGCAAAGGAGAAUGGUACCUCGUAGCUGUUACACAUGUGGCGCCGCUAUCGUAGCCUUAGUGACUAGGAGGAAGUCCAAGAAACCAAGCUGUAUAUCAUUUCUGCUGUAGUGUAUUAUAUGGAUUGAAUAUUGAUUCUCGUUAUC